AAAACGUCAAAGCUGUGUUCCUUCCUCCUCCUCCAAGUUGUGUCUUCUCUGUCUUUGUCCUCUUUUUUUUUUUUAUAAAUAUAUAAUUUGGCUCUCAAAUCUCUCUGUUUCUUUUAAUUUUCUCGGGAAAGUUCUUUUGUCAGAUUCUCAGGAGAAAAAAUUAACUUACAGCACAAGAACAAAAAAAAAAAAGCUUUGUUUGAUUGAAUAAUUAAUUAGGUUUUUUUUUUUAAUGAUGAAACGAUCGGAUUCGUUGUAUAAUUGGAGGGAAUAUUUCCGGCGAGGAGAUUCUGAUAUCUUUGGGAUUAUCGAUCAUGCCAUUAUGGUCGCUGCUUCAGAUUGUCCCAGUGAGUUCAAAUCCAAGAGAGAUAGUAUCGCCGAGCUUUUGUUUUCUUGUAAACUGAGCCACCGCUGUCGCCGCUGCAUUGGUUGUGACCACCACCUCGAGGUUUCGAUUCCUGGAGACCAAGAAGAGUUCGAGCAUUGUCCUAUGAAGGUGGUGGAGACAGUUGGAGUUGAAGAUGUGAGGAAAUUGAACAAGAAGAAUCAGAUUUAUGAAGUGGAUGAUGAUGAUACUGUGGUUGUUGAUGAAGUCAUGAGGAUCAAAGAUAUCUUGUUCAACAAAGAAGAUGAGCCAAAUUCUGUGUUACUUGAAUGUCUGAAAAAGCUCGAGUCCAUUUCUAUGAAUGUGGAUAUGCUUAAGGAUACUGAGAUUGGAAAGGCUGUUAAUGGUCUGAGGAGACAUAGUUCUGAUAAGAUUAGCAAACUUGCAAAGACACUUUUCGCAGAGUGGAAGAAGCUGGUGGACCAAUGGAUGAACACCCCGAAGGAAGUUGCUGGCGCUGAAGGGACGCCAGAGUCUGUAAACCUUUCAGUUAUUGAUGAAGAAGAAACCUUUCCUUCUCCUCCACAUGAUUUAGAUAUCUAUGCUCCUGAACCCAAUGGAUUUGAACUCUCUCAGAUCUUAGAUUGCUUGGAUUGCGAUGGAAAUCCUCGUCACAGUGUAGAGUCAGAACCUGAAAGAAAAUUGCAGAGUAGCUCGAGGAGAAGACCUGGGGGCACAAAUGAAGCCAGUGUGGUAGGGAGGUCCAACAAGGAUCAACAGAUGAGGAGAGAAGAAGCUGAUGUUAGAUCUGUAAAGCACUCAGCCAUCGAUUUUGGUGAGCCUAGAAAACAACCAAAGCAAAGUAGAGAACGAAUGGUACAAAGAAAACCGCUUGCUGUUGCUGAGCAAAAGCGGAAACUUGCUGGAUGACAACAACAAGAUAAACUCAAAGCUCUGGAUCCAGACACAAAGUUUGAGUUUGCAAAGCGGAGACUCCAAGAGAGCUACCAACAUCAUGAGAAUGCCAAGAGACAGAGGACGAUACAAGUACUGGAAACUAUCCCAAAGCAAAGUAAAGUUCAUAAACCGCAACUCAAAAGACCCGCACGAAGAUAAUUUCAUUUUUCUUCGGAUGAUCUAUUUAUACAAUUACUACAACCAUUCAAAAACGUUAUUAUACAACAGAAGUGCAUUGACAGAUCCAACAUAAACUUAGGACGCUCUUUUCUUUUGUCUGGUUCAGUGAAUAUCCGAUUUGGUCCGGUUUUAUGACAAGAGACCCUCAUAAUUGUGAUAAAUGAAUAAUCCUUUGUUAUACUGUA